GUUAGCGCUAUUAUACAUAUAUUAGUGAUAUAGAGUAUAGACUAUAGUAUAUACAGUAUACUGACUGACGAGUAAUCAUUGUAUAUAAUAGUGAUGUGAAUGGAAUGCAAUGCUAUUACUAUUGAAUGAUAAAUGAAUGGAUUGAGUGUUUGACUCAUUGAUUAUGUAUUGAAUCGAUUGACUAAACUAUGGAUUGAUUGUAACAAUUGAUGUGAAGACCAUUUCAUCAAAUAUUAUGACCAUUUGAUGUCCAAACCAAUCAAUCAAUACCAAUGACCACUAGGAUGGCAAUCACUGGAUCACUCAUUACAAGACAUAUUAAUAUAUGAUUCGUUGUCUAUUUACUUGUCUAAAGAUGUUUGACAUGUCGAGUACCACAAGACAUCCCACACACAUACCAACACUUGAUGACAACAACACUACUUCUUGGUGUCCAUUCGUCGACAUUCACUCGAUGUAUGCAAAAAAUGUGGAUAAAAUGAGAUGUCAUCAAGACGUCCAUCGGUUACAUUGUGUGACCAACUCUUUGACAAAUUUGUUUGCAAAUUGGUUUAAACCAAAGUGUAGAUCAAUUAAUGGGACUUUUCAUUUAAAUUUGUAUUUAUUAUUAAUGUUGACAUGUAUUGGAUCAGUUAUGACAGAGUGUCAAUUUCCUCACAAUUGGACCGGCAAUUGGUUCCAGAAAGGAGUUCCAGACUCUAUCAAAAUAUUCAAUUCAAGUAUCUCUGAAAAAGGCAUUUGUCGACAAAGUAAUGGAGAAAAGUUUCUCAUUGAGAACCGCAAUGAGAAGUGUGUUCGUUGUCUUGUAAUUAACGAAAGACAUCCAAAUUUACUUCAAUAUAAAGAAACAUUCAGUUGUCAUCCAAUUGACGGUCGAUUAUCUAUAGAAAGUGUUUGUUCGGAGAUCAAUGGCGACGCACCGUUAUAUUCACUUUUUAAAUUGGACAUACCUUCAGUCCAGUGCCCAUUUCAAGGACCGUUUACUUUUAGCUACAGUCGAGGGUCGGGUGAAUGUAAAGACCCGAUCUCUCAAAUCGAUUCGUGUACUGAUGACAAACAUCUUCUUUUCCGAUUCAAAGCUUGUGCUGAUGUUCACGGAUCAGAAAGCAGAGUUGAAGAGUUGGAGUGUUUUGCCGAUUGGAAAGAAGGUUCAUAUCGUUAUUUAGUCGGAAAACUACAUUAUGAUUCCGCUAAGACUGAUGAAGAUAAGUUCAGAUGUUUUGUCUUCGACAAGAUAAAGGACGCUCCAGAAGGUUAUGAGAUCGCCCAAUCUGGUGACGCCACUUGUGAUGGCCUUCUUUCACCGAAAGAUGGUUCCCGCACAAUGAAAAUAUAUAAGACAAUCGGUGUAAUACCCAGAUGUCAAUUCCCAAAGUGGCUUACCUUACAUAGACAUUGGAAGUCAUUGGAUGGCUCUCAUGUUUAUGACUUCAAUCGCAAUAACAACUCAUUCAUUGUAUAUAAUGUUACAAAUAUUGGAGAAGUCAUUCGUCAGAGCCUUUGUAUAAACAGAGAGAAUGUCACGACCAGUGUCUCCAGUGAUGCCUUUGAUGUCAGUCAAUAUGUUGUGCACUUUACUUCUGGAUGCAAAAGUGGUUAUAUAUGUUUAAGAAUAUUUAAACGUACGAAUCAUAUAAUUGAAUUACAAUACGGAAAUUCAGCCAAACAGGCAUCGGAUGCCUGUUCUCAACAUCAUUUCAAACCAUUUCACACCAAAUACUUAACACUUACCACUAUGUCUCCCGACACAUAUGACUGUCCUUUUGAAGGCAUAUAUGCAGUCAAUGUUCCUGAUGGAGGUAUCUAUAAUAAUGUAAAUGAUCGACAAUUGAUUCCCUCCAAUGAGAAAUCACUGUUAUUAUGUACUGGACAUUCAUUGUUGAACUCCCGGUGCAAUUCCAAUGAUCACAUACAACUCCAGUCCAAAUGCGCUUUUAAUGAAAAUAUUAGAAAUUUUAGAUGUCGAGGGGGUUGGAGUGAAAACGGAACCAACUUUUUGAUUGCCUCUUCAAAUGAAGAAGGAAUACGACAAUACUGUUUUGCUUACGAUCAGAGCGGACACGACCUCAAAAUGACUAUCAGUAGUGACACUUGUUUUAGGCGAAACACUAACUUUGCCACUUUCAGGGACAGUCACUUAGCACUCAGUCUUAUUAAUAAAGGUAUGUGCAAUCAAGUGAGAUCCUAUGCACACAAACGGCAUAUCAAUAACAUAGCAAUUGUGGUUAAAACUAUGUUUUUAUUGACAACACACUACUUGUUGGUCACUCUAUAAAUCAUGUGUUGAUUGGACCUUCAGUUUAAUAUUAGUGAUAAUAUUACAGUAUUGCAAGUAUUGGCUAAUAAUGGCAACUAUUAAUCGUGAAUAUAGUAAUCAAUUGGCAAUAAGUCAAUUACUAUUGACAUUUAUAUAACAAGUAGACAACAAUAAUUUUGGUGGUAUUUGAUCAAUGGUUGUGAUAAUAAGUUUUAGUAUUCAAGUGAAAUAUUGACAGCAAACCAAUCAUUUUUUGUCAAUCUUUUACAUUUGAUUGCACUCGACGUUUGACAGUAUUAUUGAGCGCCACUACUCAUUACAGCAACAAUUAAAUGACAAUUUUUAGUGAAACUAGUCUUACCAUUAAAUUUUGUACAUUAUAUACAUU